AUGCAACGGUCGCUUCUAUCAUGUUCGCGUGUGCUGGCACGAUCUACCACUACGCAUGCGCGUAUCGCCAUUACGGUUAACAGACACAUAUUGUCCUAUUCAACUGCACCUACCUCAUCUAGUACCAACACUCCUCCAAAACCAUCCACAAAGAGAUCCGAUCGAGAUGCUUUCUCGUCCUCUGUCGGCACUGGAGGAUUAAAACGAUUUUGGAAGAAUGUCACGGUCGACGAACUACCAGAGGGAUUUGUGAUCAAACUGGAUGGACGAACACUUAAAACUCCAGACUCGAAACUAGUCCUGAUUCCAAAACACAGGAAAGCGCUUGCUUAUCUGGUGGCUGCUGAAUGGGAGUCGCAGGAUAGAGUGCUGAAAGCUCAUGCUCUGCCACUGACAUCAAUACUGACUAGAGCUAUCGAUUCUCUGUCUGACGCGGAAAUCAAAAAAGGUGUCCUGGACCAAUUGCUCAGAUACAUACAUACGGAUACAAUCUGCUACCAUCAAGCAGAACCAGAAACAAUCGUUCAACUGCAAAACGAAAACUGGGUUCCAAUAAUACAAUGGCUGAAACAAGAAUACGGCAUUGAAUUGAAAACUACAGACGGAAUAAUGGCGUUCAAACAAGAUGCCAGUGUGAUUCAAGCACUGGAAAAAGUUAUUGCGGAUUUGGAUUUGAUUGAACUUGCAGCAUUCGAAAAGGCAGUCAUGGCAACAAAAUCAUUUGUUAUCGGAUUGGCAUUACUGAAGAGACGAUUAUCUGUGCAAGAAGCAGAAACUGCUGCACGUUUGGAAGUACUGCAUCAGAUAUCUAGAUGGGGUGAAGUUGAAGAUGCACAUGAUGUGGAUCGUGAAGAUCUUAAACGACAGUUGGGUUCUGUUGCUGUGGUCAACCUCUAA